ACACCGUCAUAAAUUUUAAACUGUAUAUAUGGCCGGCAGGAUUAGUUGGUAACCAUUGAAGGAGAGAGAGAGAUGCCAGAGUUCUGUGUAACGGGAGGAACUGGAUUUAUAGCGGCUCACCUAGUGAAGUCAUUGUUAGAAAAGGGCCACACCGUCCGGGCUACAGUGCGAGAUCCCGGGGAUGUUGGGAAGGUUGGUUUCUUAUGGGAGAUGAGUGGGGCCAAGGAAAGACUAAAACUGAUGAGAGCUGAUCUUAUGGUAGAGGGAAGCUUCGAUCAGGCUAUACAGGGUGUGGAUGGCGUCUUCCAUACAGCAUCCCCAGUUAUCGUACCGUAUGACAACAAUAUUCAGGAAACGUUGAUCGAACCGGCUAUAAGAGGCACAGUGAACGUGCUGAAAUCUUGCUCCAAAGCUACUACAGUGAAGCGGAUUGUGCUCACCUCCUCUUGCUCUUCCAUUAGAUACAGCGACGAUGUUUCAAAAGCCUCCCCACUUGACGAAUCGCAUUGGAGCGAUCCUGAGUACUGCAAAAGAUAUAAUUUAUGGUACGCAUACGCAAAAACACUAGCAGAGCAGGAAGCCUGGCAACUGGCAAGGGAGUGGGGCAUUGACCUCGUGGUUGUCAAUCCAUCCUUUGUCGUCGGUCCCUUGAUUGCACCCCAACCAACCAGCUCGCUCCGCAUGGUUCUAGGAAUAAUAAAAGGUGCCAUAGGGGAGUAUCCAAACACUACGGUGGGAUUCGUCCACAUAGAUGAUGUUGUGGCUGCACACUUGUUGGCCAUGGAAGAGAGCAAAGCAUCGGGCAGGAUUAUAUGUUCAAGCUCGGUUGCUCAUUGGUCAGAGAUAAUUGAGAUACUGAGGCCCAAAUACCCAUCCUAUCCAUUUGAAACCAAGUGUGGCAGCCAGAAAGGAGAUGAUAAUCCACAUAGCAUGGAUACCCGCAAGAUUAAUCAGCUAGGCCUGUCCAGUUUCAAAACUCUCCCUGAAAUGUUUGAUGACUGUAUCAAAAGCUUCCAAGAGAAAGGACUUCUCUAAGGCCCUCCAUUAAAUCUUCCUAAAUCUUUCAACUAGUAGUGGUACUAAAGUAGUAGUAAGUCAACAAUAUCAACGGAAUAAAGGGAAGAGAAGGCUUUUGAAUGAUUUUUUU